AUGAACAAUACAUGGGCCCGUGAAUGGCUCCCUUCAUUCGUCGUGCCGUUCGUUUCGCUUUCGUAUCCCACAGACACCCCCUCUCAGCCGGACUCCUUCCCAAACUCAACCUAUUACAAUGAUGGUUUGCUGGAUGCCUGUUUUGUGGUUACAUGCAUAGCCGUCUUCGCAAUAUUGCGGGACAUUACUCGGCUUUGGUUCGCAGAGCCCUUUGCUAGGUGGCAUCUGACGAGGCAACUGAGGAAGUCGAAGACGAGAAAAAAUUCGGUGAACGGCAAGGGAGGACUCGAGACACCGCCCAAAGGAGAGAAGACACCACUGUUACCGCCCAACAUCACGAAGGCUGAAGAACGGAUUUUGCAACGCAAUGUGCAACGUUUUGCUGAACAAUCCUGGUCCGUGGUGUAUUACACUGUGCAAUGGGGCUUCGGAUUGUAUGUUAAUCAUAACCUACCCACUUCAAUAUUCGAUAUGAAGUACCUUUGGAUCAAUUACCCCCAUAUACCACUGGCUGGACCCGUCAAAUUUUAUUAUCUAACGCAAACAGCGUUCUAUACGCACCAAAUCUUGAUCCUCAACGCCGAGGCUCGCCGAAAGGACCAUUGGCAGAUGAUGCUGCAUCAUGUCAUCACUGUCCCGCUCAUGGUUGUCAGCUACUCGUAUUAUUGGACUCGCGUUGGCUGCCUUAUCAUGGUACUCAUGGAUUGGUGUGAUAUCUGGCUUCCGGCAGCGAAAAUGCUGAAAUAUCUGUCGUUCUCCACACUUUGUGACGCGGCUUUCACGUUUUUCAUGCUAUCUUGGCUUGUUACCCGCCAUAUCAUCUUCGUCAUGGUCAUCAACUCGGCAAUAUACGACUCGAAGGCGAUACUUCCUUAUGGCUGGGACCCGGCGAGGGGGUAUUAUUUCACGAGGGGAGUCUACAUAGCAUGCGUCGGCAUGCUGGUCGCCCUUCAGCUUAUCCAGAUUGUCUGGUUCUGGAUGAUAUGUCGCGUCGCGUAUAAGGUGAUCAGUGGCCAAGGAGCCGAGGAUACGAGAAGUGAUGACGAGAUGUAA